AUGAAUCUAUAUGAAACUGAUGAAUCAUAUCAACGAAAACAAGAAAAAUUCAAAAAACUUUCAUCUUGUUUUGAACAAAUGUUUAAUAAAGAUACACUACAUUGUUUUACUCAUUCAUUUUUAUCAUAUGGAAGUUUUCGUAUUGGUAUUAAUGGACAAGAUCUUGAUACAGUGUUUCUUUUAAAUGAACUUAAAUCAAUAGAUAAUGAAACAACAUUUGAUAGAACACUUCGUCAAUUAAAGCAUGACUCAAAUGCAUUAAAUAAUCAUAUUGUUAAUUUACUUGAAACACAAAUAAAUGUAAAUUUAAAAAAUGAAAUAAUUUAUUAUCGAAAAAUUCAAGCAUUAUUUCCAAUAAUAUCAAUUUUAUUUAAUGAUCAAACAAAAGUUGAAAUAUUUGUACAAAUUGAAAUAAAUAAAGAACAAUCUUCAAAUUUUCAACAAUCUAUACAUGGGAUAUAUGAAAUUGAACGUCUGUUUAUAUAUGUUCGUUUUCCACCUAUUUUUCAACAUCUUCUAGCAUUUAUUCGUGCUUGGGCUCAACAUGUAGGUCUUUAUGGACAAGUCUAUUGUUAUUUAGGUGGUUAUUCUUGGGCUAUCUUAUGUGCAUAUAUUUGUCAUACAUAUUUAUCACCAAUCAAAUCUCUUUCAUCAAUUGAACAUUUUUCUAUAGAUGAGUUUUUUUCGUUAGUUCAAAAAUUUUUUUCCACAUUUGCACAGUUUAAUUGGUCAUCACAAGAACUUUGUCUAUAUUCAAAAUCUUAUAAACAAAUGACUCUUUCGAAUAAAUCAUCAGUACAUAAUCGUGGAUCAAUGCGUAUUAUAUCACCAAGUCCACCAUAUAAUAAUACAGGACGUUCAACAACAAAUUCUACACGUGAUUUAAUUAUUCAAGAGUUUCAAUGUGUUCUACAAUUGCUUGAUUCAGUAAAUAUAAUUACUUGUGAAGAUAAAAUGAAUGCACUUAAACAAAUUCUUGAAUUAAAUAAUGAUUUUCCAAAUGAAAACACGAAAUCACUUCUUCAAUUAACACUUUCAAGUGAAAAUAUUCAUGAACUUGAUGAAUGGAUUGGUUGGAUAAAAUCACGUUUAGUACGUUUUGUCAAUGAUUGUGAAGAAGAAUGUCAUUUAAUUAUUCAAACACAAUGUUCAAUUGAAUACCAAUCAAAUAAUACCGAAGCAUUCUAUUCUCUUGCUUUUCAACUUGAUUCACAAACAUUAGAUCAACAUCAAAACUUUUUUCGGUGUUUAAAGAAAUGUCUUCAUCAAUUUAAUUUAUAUCCAAAUCGAAAAAAAUCAAUGAAAGUUUCAUAUAAAAUAGUCUCAAUACAUGAUUGGAAACUUGAACGAAUGCAACCGAAAUUACAAAGAAUAAUAAAAUGA